UUUCAUUCGCCGAAACCCGCUUUAUUCUAUGGGGAGCUGCGGCGGCAUUUUUCGUUCGUUUGUACUUGUUUCUCUUAGCUUUGCACAGUUAGCUUAAUCUCAGUAUGAUAUUGCCGGUGCUCGCAGGAGUGGUACUGGGUGUGCCUGUUUUUCUGUAUUCCUACAGAAGGAUACGGCCACUCUUUUCUGUCAAGGUAAACUGCUGGUUCUGCGGUGUGCAGACGGUUGUUCCUUACGGAAACAUCAACUGCUGGGACUGUCCGAGCUGUGAGCAGUACAAUGGAUUCAAGGAGGAUGGUGACUACAACAAGCCAAUUCCUGCACAGUUUGAUGAAGCCCUCAAUUUCACAGCAACUUCCAGCUGCCAAGCAGAUUCCUCGCCCGGAGCUUUGAAGCUGAAGCCUGACAACCAGCUGUGUUCUGUUUGCAAUUACCAUCAGGUCAUCAAGGUUCGACUUCUGGCAAACUUCACUCCCACAGAGGAGAGCCUUUUCGAGUCCGAGGUGGAGCAGUACCGGCAGCACCUCGAAGAAGUCUACCCACUGUGCCAGCCGUGUGAGGCACAGGUCAAGAGGACGCUGACCCUUCAGGACUCGCUGCUACGGCCACACUUGGUCGGCCGCACGCUGCCGGGCCAUUGGAGAGUCCUGGCACACUACUGUCUUCCUUGGAAGCAGCGCCUGAGGCUUGUGUUGUCCCUGGUAGCGUCAGCCAUGAGUGUCUCUGCCUCAACAAUGUUGCUUUUGGCCUUGCUGGAGGGCAAUGCUAUGCUGACGCAGUACUGUGCAAAGUUUGGCCUGGCUAGUGUGGCAGGGAACGCGCAGCCCCGCCGACUACUGCAGCCUGCUGGUCUGGUGUUGGCUGGAAGCUCGGCACUGCUCGCAGGACGGCGCCGGCUGGGUCUCACUGCCCUUCUCCUCUGCUUCUCCUGGCUGCUGACGCUGUUGUGCAGCUACCCUGCAAUGGAAAAGUGGCUGGGUUAUGUUAACCUAGCAUGGGGCCAGCUUGUUCUCGCCACUGUAACAGUUGUCCUAGGCACCUUCCACACAUUCAACCUUCUCAAAAGCUACCUGCAUGGUGGAGCUCUUAGGAAACUGGUCAGUCCCAGAGUAAGCAGCCUGUCAUCUAGUCCCUACACAUCCAGCACUGCAAGUCUGUGCUCGUCAACAUACCUGCCCAAUAGAGAGGGCUCACAAUGCAUUGGCCAGAGUCGGUUAAGCUUUGAUGACAACCAGAGCACCUGCAGCCACCUGACAAAGACGGCCACCAGCGACCUCUCGGACAGGAUAAGUGACGUGCACAUCUCUCCUGAGAGUGAAAGAUCAUGGACUACUAGCACGUGGUCCAAACCUACAAGUCUGCAAGGAAUCUCCAAGGAAUCUGCUCCAGCCAGCUGCACGAAUUUGGCUGACAUGGGUGGCGACGGUGGUAGCAGACCGUCGUCGCUCCUGUGGCCCGCUAGGCUGCGCUUUCAGCCGGGCUCGCCAUGGAUGGCGGGUGGCAUGUGGGCCAUGGGCGGAACACGCACUCCCUCAAACACCAAGGUCUUGUGGGGAGUCAAGCAGAGUUUCGGCCUGCUCACUCCACCGCCAUCUCUGGCUGGAUCAGCCAAGCACAGCUCCAGUGGUUUCGGCGCAAGCACAAAUGGCUGCAAGCAGAAGAAAACAGACUGGUGUUUCUUUAAGCAAAGAGACGCCUUCUUCUCGUCGUCACCUGACAGCACCCUGGUACCUGAAAUGCGGACAUCAGCUUCUGCCAGGAACCGGGAGACCGGAAUGUUGACCAGCCAGCAUCAUUCGUUGGCAGGCAGUCACAGAAUUGAUGGCACAUCGACACUCAGGCACCGCAGUGGGGUCAGCAGGAAGGCUGCAUCUCACCUCCUCCAGAAUGCUCAAGGCAAAGGCUACGCAAAGUCUUCUGUCAGCCAAACUUCGCUGGCAACGGGGAUGGUUGCCAGCAGUGAACACACAGCAACAGCUUCCAGGGACCUGCUUGCCAGGCAGCCUUUUCCAACGCUCGGCUGGUUCUUUCUGGGUCUAAGUGUGAUGCUCAACAUGUCACUGUUCGCCUACUUUACUUUCUGGUCGGGUGUAGCCAUCUCAAGGCAGUGAAAAUCUGCGAUGUGCUCGUCUCGUACCCACUUUUUUGGCGUGUGCAACUGGCCAUGACAUUUUGAAGACGUUUUUGUACAUAUGACAAGAGAUCUGCACAUACCGACAUGGGAGAGGUGCUGUGCAUGCUAAUAAUCUACAACCGGUGUUUGGUGGGUGCUCUGAAGGCACUUUUUUUACGAGACCAGCACUGCUUCAAGUGGUCAAGUUUUUCUUGCUUUUAUUGACGUGCAUACCACUUUGAGUGCUGCGAGUGUCCGUGUUCAGCACUAGCCCCCAUAGUCAUAGACAGGCCUCAUCUCAAUGCGCUUCCAUGCCUUUUCUAAACGUAGAACAGUGUCAUCCUUUGACUGAAAUAGACAUGGCCCUUCAAUAAUUCCCUUUGGCAAUUCUCGUUUGAAAAGCUGCUUGAGAAAUGCUCUUCUACACCGGUGCCUGUGGGUAAACGGUGGCAGCAUUUGGUUACAAGAUUUUGAAUCAGAAUCGCCAAGGAGUGCUUUAAUGCACGAUGACUACUUCAGGCGAGUAACAAAGCAGCGCUCCACUUUCCGAAGUCAAGGUGAGUGUCUAUUGAACGAGCGCUUAGGAUUACAGUGUAGUCAGUCUUUUUUCAAACUUGAAUGCUUAGACUUGUUUUGUAUGGUUCAACUUACAUUUACAUAUCAUACAAAUUUUUAUAGUACAGGCGUACAGUACUCUACGGCUCACAGAAUAUUCUUCCUUUGGGUGUGUUACACAUGUUGCUUUGUAUAUAUUGUUGUGGCUGCAGGGUGUACUUGAGCCAUAGUUUUCACGUCUUAUUCUGUCCUGAUUGCAAUGCACUGUUAUAUUAUCCUUUACUCAUAUUAGAAAUUGUAAUGUAAUUGAAUGUGUAUUCUCUUGGCUGUUUUAAUUUGGCAGUCAUUCACAUCUGGUAGACAUAGUCUAGUAUUGUUGACUUUGCCAGACACUUGUUGUGAUGGAUACAAUUGAAAUCAAGAGCGAAAUGACAGAUGUGUUGUACUGCAAGUUAUAUUUUGUGCACUUUAAUGAAAUUUAUUUGUAACUAUUAGUAUGAGGAAAAUUAACUAGGGUAUGAUUUUUUCUGCUACGCAUUUACACAGAAAUAUCAGUAAAAUGAUGGCAUAGCAGAUGUAUAGAUUUGUAUUUGAUAGCUUUACAUAGUAUAAGUGCAUUUCAUGUCUUCACUGCCACUCUGACAUUGGGUCCAGUUUAAGUGACCUAGCUGUUUAACUGCCACUAAUUGAAUGCACAUACCUGAGUGGUUUGUCAUGGCUUCUUUAUUCACGUAUGUUGGCAACUCUGCUUGGAAUUCACAUCGGUCUUAAUAACCGUGUGUCAGUAUAUAUGCUAUAAAGAUAUAUGAUAUAAAUCAUGCUCCAGAAUGGUUGUUCAAACACCUUACAAUUUCUAAGACAUAGCGUAAAAGUGAUGCUGCAAGUGUAACCAUGUUUUUGUUUCAUGCACUUUUAUAUUUCAUUUACGUUACAAAGAACUGCCAAUGCAUUUUGACUUUUUUGCUUUUGUAUGUUUUCUCACAUAUGUGCGCUUUUUAAGGCAUAAUUCAACUUAAGCUGGACUGUUUGCGUAGGAUGGAAUUUGUCAUUUUUUCACGGCUCCAGUGUGAAGUAUUUUUCAGUGCGCUUCGUAAUGUCUGUGGCCAUGUUAAGCCAAAGCUGCGGGUUCUAAAUGCCCGUCUGUUCACUUUGGAUUCAAGGACAACCUGGUUCUUUUCAUCUUGUAUAUUGUGCAACCAUGCAACAUUUGGCAAGCUCAUUACGUCGUGUGAGACAAGUUGUGUGCAGUGUGCCAAGAGCUUUACAGGGAUUAGGAUGUUCCAGUGUGAAAAAAAGAAAAUGUGCAGUUUGUGAAUUUUAACUUACGGUAUUGUCUAUUUAAAUAGUAAUGUAGAGCCUUGGCUGUGGCUUGGUACAGGGUGCUAUGUAUUUGUUUGUAUGUGAAAGCCUAUUUGUGUACAUAUAGUUAACCUUGCCACGUCAAGGUUAUGUUUGCGUGCUGUGACGGCUGUGAUGGAACUGCGGAAACUAGUCUGUUGUGCAGCACCGUAUUCUGUCGGCAAGAUUUCAGGGCCGUUGUCUUAAUUACAUAUUGCUCCACCGAGACCAUUUUUACAGACACAUAAUGUAACAAGCCAUGUGUGAAGCUGCUGUCUUCAGUGAGACACAUUGUUCAAGCGAAACUGAAGAAAACUGCAACAUGCAUGUGAAUUAAUUUUUUUUAUUAUUGUUUUCAAUAAAUAUGUCUGUCGUCAAACUGA